UAAGGAUUACAGACUGGCAAGGGUUUCUGGUCCAUUGACAUAUAAUGACAUUACCACUGCUUCACCGGAAGGGAGGAAGGACAUUUGGACAGAGAGAGAAAGAGACUGGGAUGAAGCAGAAGCUAUUGACACAGGACAAGGAGGUGAAUCUGGAACAGGUGCAUCGGCGUAUGAACAGUCUUAUGGACGAGGACAUGGCACACAAGCAGAUCCCUGGCCCGUCUAUCGAGAUCUCUGCGCUGGACAUCGACAGCAUGCAGCCCAGCCGGCAGCUGGAGUCUGUGCGGGACUACCCGGGCAGGGGCCUGUCUGUGAGCACCUAUCUCCCGGGGGAGGGCCAUGGGGUGGGCCUGGGUCGGACACUAGCUCAGGGCCCUGGCAGCACACUCCCCCACCACCCCCCCAGCAGCUCCACCAUCCCCUCCAUUCAGUGCAAACACAGAGCUCCCAACGGGGGUCUGUUCCGACUGAGUCCCGCCAAGAUACCCAUGCCAAUGUCAUACCAGGGAGUUCCCGGAGGACCCAUCCCAGAAGCCAUUGAACCCACCCACAGUACAUCCAUCUGAUGGUGCCUCAACGUCACAUCUCCUACCCCUCACCUGAUUUUUGUGGGGUAUUAUUUGUGGGGGGGGGAAUAAAUAAAUAAAAAAAUUGGGAAAGUGUGCAAACAAGAGAAAUAAGAGAUUUUUAUUACCUGUUGAACAACCGACAUCAAAGGAAAAGCAAAUUUUUUUGUAUAUAUUUGUAAAUACUGAGAGAACGAAGUGAAGUUAAAGUGUAUUUUGAAUAUUCUCAAUUUUUCAAGUUGAGUUAUAAAAAAACUAAAUAAGAUGAAAAAAAAAAGUAAAAAAAAUGACUGUUUGAAUGGCUUUGUAAAUUUUGUUCUAUAUGAAUAAUGACGCAAAUUCAUUGUGAUUGUUUUCUAAGUGCCGAAAAAUGUCUCUCCACAGUUCAUUCUUAGAUUACCAUUCACCAUAGGACAUAAUGUUGAACUCCAACUGUUAUGCACCUCUUUAACAACCUUAUACUUCAGUAUCAGAUAAGAAUAUUCCAAAUAGAUGGAAUCAUUUUGUUUGUAAGACAUAUAUACAUUUUUCAAGUUUUUUUUCCUUCUUUUUCUAACUUAAAGUCUUGGUGAAUCAUUGUUUAAGGCUGAAACUGAAGUAAACAUGGUUUCUCAUGAGUUCUACAGAUUUAUGAAAUGGAUGGUACUUCAUUAAGUUCAAUUUCAGCCCUAUGUUGUAAAAGACAGAGGGAGAUACAGUCCCAGUCAGUCCCCAACAGCAAAGAAAGGCAGUCCUAGUGGUACUAGUGCCGUGUACAGCAUAACAUCAGCCACGCUAAGGGAAUGUUCAAAAGGAAUCUGACAUAAAUCAUGAUUGAAUCGUGCCCCUUCCAGUGUAUGCUACAUGUUUCCUUGAUUGCGUGGGAGGGAUGUUUAAAACAAAACUUUUAUUUUUACAUUUAACAAAAAAAAGGCUCAUUUUAGGAAAAAAUAUAUGUAUUCAUUUCGUACUUAAGGAUUUAUUGUUGAAAAGCUGUAUACCGGUUCUCCUUUCAGAGCAGUGGAGUCUUUGGAACUGCAGAGGGAGAAAAGUAGAUAUAUAAUAUCUCAUAUUUAUCAUUUGUAAUAGAGCAAUUAUCACCAAGGAAGAUGGAAGAUAAAAGAGUGAUAUCAAAAUCAUGAACUAUUAGUGUUGGUAAUAGCAGUUCAGGUGGCAUAUCCUAAUGUCUAAAUUCUGAUGGAGCUCUGUUCAUAAAACAAACAGAAUUUCCCCAUCAAUUAACCUGGGCACAUUGCAGAGCAGCAGUUUAUGUCACAUUUCCAACUGAAGAUGAACUGCAAAACUUUACCAAGACUUUCAUAAGUGCAAUUAAAAUGCAAUUAUGUCCUGCAGUAUACUUUUUGUUUCUGUUUAUUUCCUUUAGCCUGUCAUUCUGGAAAACUCAUUGCUAGGAAGUGAGAUAGUGAAUGUCAAUCUCAGUGGUUAUAUUGUGUUGUCGUUCGUCACAUCCUAUAUGCACAAUACAACGUGUACCAGGAGUACUGAUAGGUGAUCUAUACUCAUACUGUUAAAAAGGUUUUCAUUUACCGGAUUGUCCGUACCUCUUGGAAAAUGUAACUAAUUUCCCUGCAGAGCCAUUGAGGGAAAGCAAAGAACGAUAAUUAAGUGAUGUCAUGAGAAUAAACAGAACUACCAUACCUCAAAGUGAGAGAAUCAUGUUUCGCAUCACCCGUUCUCCGCUCAUGCUUCUCGAACAAAAUUGGCGAGGUUGUAAAGCCUGUAUAUUUUGUACAAGUACAAGUACUUACUAAUGUGAACCAAAGUGAUCUCAUUUUACACUGUGUUCUGCAUACAACCUGUGGCUCUGAUCAGCUAGCUAACAGUGGUGAAAAGGAAGUCCCACGUUACUGUACUGUAAGGGUUUAGUGUGUUUCACUGCCUUACUGUAUACCCCCCCCCCGGUUACUGUAUCAAUGGCCACACCACAAUAUUAAAGAAAAUAUUAUAGAAAGCUAUCAUACCAUAUAGUCUGUAAAAGUACAUCUAAGGGAGACUCUUAUUUUAUUUAUGAAUAUGCUGCUUGGAGUUUCUUAAUCUUUAAUAAAGAAAUAUGGUUUACAUAUGUUUGUUUCUAUGAUUCACGGGCAUGUGAUGAUAGAUAACCCGUACAGUACAUUUGCAUGUGCCAGUAUUAUAAACCAUUUGUCCUAUAUUCAUUUAUUUUUAAACAUUAUGAAAACAUUAACAUUUUAUUUUGAUCUUUGAAAACCAAUUCUAGUACUAACUGACAUCAUAGAAGUCAUGUCUGCCUUGCUUUAUUUGCUUUAAUGCUCUCGCUAUGAUAUAAAUGAAAAUCAUCCCUUUGAGGUGGUGCUCUGUUAACUGGCCAACAUGAAGGAAAUGAUUCCAACAGAUAGCUGAGGAUGACAGAAUAGACCAAUCAACAAGUUCUCUUCAUCACAACAGGGCCUUUUACUUACGCCUAGGGCUGUUGCGGUGACCCUAUUACCGCCACACCGGCGGUCACAAGUCAUGAAGGCAGUCAAAUUCCACAGGCUUCUCCAAGCUCUGAUGCUGCUGAUGGUCAUUAGUAGCCUAUCAAACUUGCUAACUGCCUGGUACUCAGCACUCUAUUGUUCCUCUAAUCACUCUGACAUCAAUGCAAAUGUGUUUGAAAAUCUAAUCAAACACUUCAUGAGAGCCCAUGAUGGCUGCUAAUAAAAGAGGAGGAUCCCAUCGGCUUUCUAUAGGCUAGGCCUACUAUAUUUAUUUCUCAACAUUCCUAAUAUUAAGCACAUUGCUUAUAUUUACAACAGGAGUAUAGCCUACCUGGCUGGCAUGAAAAUAAACCACGAGGAAAAACGUCCUCCAUUCGCUAUUUAAGUGCAUAGAUGAUGUAUUCUUUCCGCUGCCCCUGUUUUGAUACAGGUGCAUGAUAAUGGUCCAUUUAAUCAAAACAAAUGUCACACGUAUAUGAUUCAGUAUAUGUAAAGAUUAAAUAAAAAUAGUCUGAUGGGUGACAAUAUUAGCCUAUCAGUUGAGAAUGAUAUAUUAUCACUUGUGAAUGAUGCCCAGCAUUUUUUUGCGACCUUUUUCUAAUCGCACACCUCAUGUAGCCUAGCCCACGGGCCUAUAUGUUUUAAUAAGGUUUGUAUCACAACUAAAGUGGCCAAAUAACUUCUUAAAAUUAAGCACAUUAAUCCUCUUUCCAAGAGAUGUAGAGCCUACUGGCCUAUAAGCAGCGCAUGAAUUUCAUGUUUGGGGAAGACCAUUUUCACCAUAGAAAUGCACCUUCAGAAUAAAAGCAGUACAUGCAUAUUUGCAUUUGCGGUCACUUUUGAUAAUGGUGUUCUCUGCUGUUGGGUUCUGAGAAUAUGAAUAUUGAGUGCAGGGAAGUGAUCACAUGUGGCAGGAAUUGAUAAGGGGAGAGA